AUGCUCGCUAGAUCUGCCGACCAACGCCGCAAGGUACACAAGGCUAGCAUUAGCGAUGCCAUCAAGCGAGAAUAUGCAACAGCUACCGGCGCUGACUUGGAUCGUCUGCUAUGGGAUCGGGCUUACAAGGAACAACACCGGCGGUCAUUGACGGCAUUCUUCAAAGAACAGAUGCGACAACAUUCUUGGCUUCUAGAAAAACAAUUUCUGAAUGUGGUGUCCGGAGCCGCAGAUGCGGAUGUGCUGGUGAUCACUGGGAUGAGAGAUGAGGCGCCUACUGCGACCUUGUCGCAUCUAGUUCAGAAUAGUAGAUUACUCGACAUUCGCGUCACAGCUAGCGAAAAGACGCGGCAGACUCGCCGGAAAUGCCAAGCCGGCGACGAUGAUCGACACGAAAUUCAUGAUUGCGAAAAUCACAACAGUAGCGACAAUGGCAGCGAUUGUAAGUCGAAUUCGACGACACUGGACUACUGCCCCAGCCUCGUCUUUGACAAUGGAGCAACAGGAGAUGAGGCGGUAAGGAGGUUUGCCCAUACGUACCUGCUUCCCUUUCUCCAUAGGGACCUGGAGCGACUGGCUAGUAUGGUGCUCCCUGUGCCCGACUUCCCACGCACAGGCAUCGAGUUCCGCCAUGUGCUCAACAUCGCCCAACAGCAAGGCGGGUUGGCUUUGUGCACUUCUUUACUACAAACUCACUUCAUAAAUGACUGGGAUAAAAUUGGUAUGGUGGCCUGUUGCGAAGCGGGAGGCUUCGUGUUUGCAUCGGCAUUGGCCCAGAAAGUUGGCGUCCCCUUGGCGCUAAUCCGCGAAGCCGGCAAGCUUCCCCCACCCAUUGUUUCCAUCGACAAGCCUUCAUCACACAUUUCAUCUUCUGAACCUAACAAUUUGAAAGGGAAGAAGCUUGAGAUGAGCCGGGAUUUGAUUCUAAGGGGGCCAUCGGUGGUGGUGGUGGAUGAUGUACUUGCCACAGGAAGGACGCUUUGUGCAAUACUUCAACUAUUAGCUAAAGCAGGCAUCAGUAAUGAGGAUAUUAGCAUCAUUGUUAUAGCCGAAUUUCCGAUUCACCGUGGUCGGGAGCUGUUGUAUCGUAAUGGCUAUGGUGGGAUCAGAAUUCAAAGCCUUUUGGUGUUUGGCGGGGCCUAG